GCGACCUCCAUGCAUGGCGUAACAAUAUUCACCACUGAAACAGAGCUGCCAAGGACAGCGCGCAGACAGCACCGGCACAUGACAACACUGGCCGCCACAAUAUGACGCAUCCCUCGUUUUGACACAGAGCCAGCGCCACCUCUCCUUCUAGCCUCUCCUUAUGGUGUUUCGUGAAUUUCUCGUCGUUACACCUACGGAACAUGCCGAACGGUGGAAACUAUUGCAGCGUGCCUGGGUGUAACAACAGGUCUGUUGUCAAUGGCAACCUGAGUUUUUAUGCCCCGAAAGACGAAGCGACGAAGCGUAAGUGGGAAGAAGCCAUCGAGAAUCACACGCUCGAAGCGUCUUCAACGAAAGUCCUGAAUGUGAAACGUGUGUGUUCCGCACAUUUCGCUGAUGACGCCUACAUGGUCAGAGAUCUUCUGCUAGCACGGUUCGGGAUGGCGCCGAAGAAGAUGCGGCUCGAUGUAGGAGCCGUCCCCACGAUCUUCGGAGCAACUUCUGGCGACAACGGUGUUAACGUCAGUAAGGAAUCUGACGUGCAUAGUUCCGAGAAGGAAAAAAAAGUCUACCGAGGAUUUUGUCAAGAACCCCUCACUGUCACCUCUUCUGUCUUAACCGAGAACCCAUGCAGACACAGCCGACCCUCCAACAGGCAGACAGCAAAAAGUUUACUCCUCAUGAAGGAAGAGGCAAGAGAUCCUCGUGCCCUUGAGUCGUCACUUUCCAGUUCCUCGGAUUCACAACCUGAAGAGAUGCAGCUCUCCUCAGAGUUCAGUGGUCAGCUUGUGAGAGUGAAAUUGGAACCACCUGAUGUUCCAUGUCUACCAGAAGAGGGCCAGACACAGCAACAGCACUGCAACGAGUCUCCUUCGGAAGGUGACGCUGAUGGAGUUACGGCUGGGAUUGGUGACAUUAAAGAAGAACCUCGAGAAGACUCUUCGAACGAAUGUCCAGUCGUAGAAGUGAAGACAGAGCCUUACAAUGUUCCAAUCUUAACAGAGCAGGACCAGAUGAGACACAGCUGUGACUCAACAUCAGAAGGAGUUACGGCUAGGAUGGGUGACAUUAAAGAAGAACCUCGAGAAGACUCUUCGAACGAAUGUCCAGUCGUAGAAGUGAAGACAGAGCCUUACAAUGUUCCAAUCUUAACAGAGCAGGACCAGAUCGGACACAGCUGUGACUCAACAUCAGAAGGGACAAGACAAAGCACUGCCACGCUCUGUAUUAAAGACCAGUCCAUAGGAACUUGUGAUAAAGCAUCUUCAAGUUGCAUCAUUUUAAAGGCACAGCUCAAUAUCACCACAAGAACAGUUGAACCGCGAUUCGACAACACUGAACUAGGCACUAUGGACCUUGUUCACCUGCAGUUACCUGGGCACCUACAGUUGCACAUGUGGAAACACACGGGAGAGAAGCCGUACAAGUGCGAUGUCUGUCCUGCUGGGUUCAGCAGCAGCAGUCAUCUACGAGUUCAGAAGACGACGCACACCGGUGAGAAGCCAUACAAGUGUGAUCUCUGUCCUGGACAUUUCAGUCAGAAAACGGACCUGCAGCGUCACAAGAGGACACACACCGGCGAGAAACCAUACAAGUGUGAUGUCUGUCCUGCGGGGUUCAGCCACAGCAGUUAUCUACGAGUUCACAAGAGGACGCAUACCGGCGAGAAGCCAUACAAGUGUGAUGUCUGCCCUGCUGGGUUCAGUCAGAAAACGGACCUGCAGCGUCACAAGAGGACGCACACGGGCGAGAAACCAUACAAGUGUGAUCUCUGUCCUCGAUAUUUCAGUCAGAAAACGGACCUGCAGCGUCACAAGAGGACACACACCGGCGAGAAACCAUACAAGUGCGAUGUCUGCCCUGCUGGGUUCAUCCACAGCAGUUAUCUACGAGUUCACAAGAGGACGCACACCGGGGAGAAGCCAUACGAAUGUGACGUCUGCCCUGCGGCGUUCAAUCAGAAAGCGGACCUGCAGCGUCACAAGAGGACGCACACCGGCGAGAAACCAUACAAGUGCGAUGUCUGCCCUGCUAGGUUCAUCCACAGCAGUUAUCUACGAGUUCACAAGAGGACACACACCGGCGAGAAGCCAUACAAGUGUGAUGUCUGCCCUGCGGCAUUCAGUCAGAAAGCGGACCUGCAGCGUCACAAGAGGAAGCACACGGGCGAGAAGCCAUAAAAGUGCGAUGUCUGCCCUGCAGGGUUCAGCCACAGCAGUCAUCUACGAGUUCAGAAGACGACGCACAUCGGCGAGAAGCCAUACAAGUGUUAUGUCUGUCCUGCGGGGUUCAGCCACAGCAGUUAUCUACGAGUUCACAAGAGGACGCGCACCGGCGAGAAGUCAUACAAGUGUGAUGUCUGCUCUGCGGCGUUCAGUCAGAAAACGGACCUGCAGCGUCACAAGAGGAAGCACACGGGCGAGAAACCAUACAAAUGUGGUCUCUGUCCUGCACAUUUCAGUCAGAAAACGGAAUUACAGCGUCACAAGAGGGCGCACACCGGCGAGAAGCCAUAAAAGUGCGAUGUCUGCCCUGCAGGGUUCAGCCACAGCAGUUAUCUACGAGUGCACAAGAGGACGCACACCGGUGAGAAGCCAUACAAGAGUAAUGUCUGCCCUGCGGAGUUCUGCCGGAACGGGCAUCAAUGGGAUCACAAGCAGACACAUACGGGUGAGAAACCAUACAAGUGUGAUCUCUGUCCUGCAGAGUUCACUCGGAGCAUGGUCCUCAAGCAUCACAGGAAGACGCACACUGACGAGAAGCCAUACAAGCGUGAUCUCUGUCCUGCGGAGUUCAGCCGGAACCGUUAUCUACAGGAUCACAAGAGGACACGUGGGUGAGAAACUGUACAAGUGUGAUGUCUGCCCUGCAGAGUUCAUUCUGAAAAUGCACCUGCAGCCCCACGAGGGGUAGUACACCGGCGAGGAGCCAUGCAAGUGUGAUAUCUGCUCUGCGUAGUUCAGCCGAAACGGGUAUCUACGGGAUCGCAAGGGCACAGACACGAGUGAGAUACCAUACGAGUUUGAUCUCUGUCCUGCAGAGUUUAUUCACGGCAUAGGCAUGAAGCGUCACAAGAGGACGGACAUCGAUGAGAAGCUUUACAAGUGUGAUGUCUGCCCUGUGGGGUUCAGCCCGAGCAACCCCCUACAGGAUCACAAGUUGAUGCACACCAGUGAGAAGCCAUACAGGUGUGAUGUCUGCCGUGCGAGCUUCAGCCGGAGCGGGCACCUACAGAUGCACAAGUGACACAUGGGAGAGAAGCCAUACAAGUGCGAUACCUACCCUGCGGCGUUCAGCCAGAGAGGGCAUCUACGAGAUCACAAGUGGACACACACACACAAGUGUGAUGUCUGCCUUGCAGAAUUCAGCUAGAGCAGGUCGCUACAGCAUCACAAGCGGACACAGAUGGGCAAGAAGCUAUAAAAACACCACCUCUGCCCUGCAGAAUUGAGCCACAGCAUGGAGCAAAAAGCCACACUGGAGCUUUCUCUGUUGUGCAAAGUUGAGGCAGAGCACAAACCUGCAGAUUUACAAGCACAUGUUCAUGGGUGUGAAGCCAUACAAAUCCAACCUCUAUCCUGCAGAGUUCAACCACAGCACAAAUGCACACACUAGCCAGAGAACAAGCUGCUAGCAGAGCAUGAGCUAGUUUAGCCAGAGCAGGUACCUGCGGCUUCACAGCCACGAGGUACUUGGGGUAGAAUGACGUUCAAGUGCAGAGGUCACGUACAAGUACUCAAGAAAGAGGCUGUCCAUGGGUCAAUUCGUUUGCCCUUUACCCGGAUACCUGAAGAAGCAUAUGGUAAUGGAAUGCAUGGAAAGGUGUACAUCUGUAUUCCACUGCACUUUAUUUCUUUUGGAUGUUUUAAAACUUGCACGCAUGAACUGUCUGAGGUUCAAAAAGAGUUGGGUUGGAAGUGGAUUGAGUAGUGAUGAAUGGUGAAAUGUCAGGACACCCAGUGCCUGUGGAAUGACACAUAUGGAGCGAUCGCUGUGAGACAAUCGUGUGUGGUACGAGAUAUUAAAAGUGUUUGCGAUGUUCGUUACAUCAGAUAGCAUUACCUUUAUUAAUGAAUAAAUGUUCACAUGACCGGCACGUUUCAGGUA